AUGGUUGCUAAGGGGUCGACGUGCAUCAAGUUUGAAAGCGGACUGCAUCCUGAGAUCAAACAGGAUGUUGGUUACCAGGAGAUUCGCCGAUUUCCUAUGCUGGUGAAUAAGUAUAGGAUAUAUGAUGAGGACAUCAUGGCUCGUUUUGUUCACUAUAAGAGUCUUAGUGAGAAGAAAGGGAAGAAUCAGUAUCAUAGCAAGUCGUAUAAUGCCUCGACUGAUAAAGGGAAGCAUAGAGCUUCAAAUGAGAAAAAGCUAAGUAUGGGAGACACUUCCACUUCUAUUAAGUGUGGAAAGUUAGGCCACCAUGCUAAUGAAUGCAAGAAUAAGUUGCUAAGUAUUUCGUUGAUUGCUAUUAUUCACACGGGUGCAAUACAUUCUUUUAUUUUUCUUGAUUGUGCCGAGAGAUUGGGUUUGAAAUUGUCGGCUAUGGUUGGGAAUAUGGUUAUCGAUACCCGAACUAAUGGUUUGGUGACGAUGUCGUGGGUAUGGUUGAAUUUUCCACUAAAGAUCUACGGGUCGUCCUUUUCCAUGUGCAGCAUGUGCUGCAACACUGGGGCCCAGAUUUUUUGGGGGCCUAAUUUUUUUGUAACUACAAAGAUUCGGAUCUCCCCACUAAUUGAACCGGCUUUGACCAUUGUAAAUUACCAAGGAUUAGCCGAAAAACACGGAGUCCUUAGUAAAAGCUUCUUCGAUAAUUCCACCACCUAA